CGAGGUCUUCCUGUUUGACUAGCCACAUAAAUGGAAAUGCAAUGUACGAACCUAAUAUCAGUGGUGAUUCCACCCCGCUGCGUUGCAAGUAAAUCUAACGACAGCACAAUGCAUUAUAGUGCACAACGACUAAAACUGAACACGCUGGAGCCUUAACCUUUACGACAUCCAAUGCACAACG